ACAAAUUCCCUUCGUCUCUCUCUCUCUCCGCCUUGGCGAAGAGUUGGCGUCCUUCCUCCCUUCCUCGCCUCCUCCGCUUCCGCCAAACUCACACGCACGCGCGGCUCUGGGGGCUUCCUCCACUCCCGCCUUCGCUACAGCGGGGAGGGAGCGGACGGUUCCCAGGCGGCGGGGGCGCGAUGGAGGCGGCGGAGAGCGGCGGCGGCGGCGGCGGGGGCGCGCUGCCGCUCGCCGUGCGCGAGCUCAUCGCCGGCGGGGUCGCCGGUGGCGUCGCCAAGACCGCCGUCGCGCCGCUCGAGCGCGUCAAGAUCCUCCUCCAGACAAGAAGAGCAGAGUUCCAUGGUUCUGGGUUGGUCGGAUCCUCUCGGACAAUCUAUCGAACAGAAGGCCCUUUAGGGUUUUACAGGGGAAACGGUGCCAGUGUUGCUAGGAUUGUUCCUUAUGCAGCUUUGCAUUAUAUGGCCUAUGAAGAGUAUCGACGAUGGAUCAUUCUUGCUUUCCCUAAUGUUGAACAAGGGCCUAUUCUUGAUCUAGUGGCCGGAUCGAUAGCUGGAGGAACAGCAGUCAUAUGCACAUAUCCGCUUGAUCUAGUUCGCACAAAGUUAGCUUAUCAGAUCAAAGGUGCUGUGAAUCUCAGCUUAAUAGAGUCCAAGCCCUCUGAACAGGUUUAUAAAGGGAUUCUUGACUGUGUGAAAACAAUAUACAAACAGAAUGGCUUGAAAGGCCUAUACCGUGGCAUGGCUCCAUCAUUAUACGGAAUCUUCCCCUAUUCUGGGCUUAAAUUCUAUUUUUAUGAGAAGAUGAAGACUCAUGUUCCUGAAGAGCACAGAAAAGAUAUCACAACUAAACUUGCUUGUGGAUCAGUUGCUGGUUUGUUAGGACAGACAAUAACAUAUCCCCUUGACGUUGUAAGGCGGCAAAUGCAGGUUCAGGCUUUCUCGUCAUCCAACCUUGCAAAGGGGAAAGGAACAUUUGGAAGCCUUGUUAUGAUAGCGAAACAUCAAGGUUGGCAGCAACUGUUUUCGGGACUAUCUAUCAACUAUUUGAAGGUUGUCCCAUCUGUAGCCAUAGGGUUUACUGUUUAUGACUCUAUGAAGGAUUGGCUAAAUGUUCCAUCUAGAGAGCAAACAGCUGUUAAUGUGCCUGUGUUGACAGAAGACGGAAGUAAUGCUGCUCAUGUUCAUUCCAGUUAGAAUGAGUUAAAUAUUUCUGGUGGUGUGGUGCCCUUCACUGCCUUAAUAUUCUUAGGCAUGUAGCAUAGUAUUCUUUCUUGGAGCUGCACCCUCAGAAUUCUUAGGCUUCUCUAGCAUAGUACAAAUAAUACUCCUACCUCUGAUAAUAAACUCUCAUAAACACCCUCCACCACCACCAUGCCAAAAAUUCCUUGGCAUUUAUCAAAGAUUAGAGGUAGUAUUUCUGAUUCUUCUGGAAUUUCACCCUGUAUAGACUGUAUAUAAUCAAAUAGCUUGUGUAUCAAAUUGAGAAGUCUGAUUCUUUUAGGCAUGGCUCUGCUGUUACUUGAUCUUUCAUGUGGAGCUGAUCUGAGCUGAGACUCGAAGCUAGUAUGUUGGCUGUUCUCUUGUCAUAGGUUGGAGUAGCUAUGUAGCUUCAUAUGUUUGAAUUGAGACUUCACUAGUUUGUAUACAGCCUUUGCCUCACGUACCUGCAUCUGUUCAAUGCCUUGCUUUCCACACCUUAUUGGAUUCUUGCA